CACAGAAUAUCCACUUCAACGACUUCUGGUCCAGCACAUUCUGCAGAGUCGGCGGCAAGGUGUCGGUCAUUGUGGUCGAGGUCAAGGAGGCGCGUGUCACUGUCGGUGAUCGCGCGUCUUUUCAGCAUCCACCAUCACGGCACCGUCUAUAUCAUCCCCGCUGCCCCAGAAAGCACCAGAACGUCGUAGAGGCCGCUAGAAUGUCCGACAAACCUCUCAACUUCAGAGCACUUCAGCUCGCGAAUGAGCAGCGGAACGCGUAUGGUCUGCGAUACAAUGAUUAUGCGCGGUAUCGGAAGCACUGCGCGAACAGGACCCAUCGGCUUCGGUCGACGCUGAAGAUGACCCACGGAAAGGGUCGCGACUUCAAGAAGCUACCCCCUCUCGUCAGUGAGAAGAUGGGGGAUGGCCACCUCGAGCUCCUGCUAUGCGAAGCUGAGCGCGCAUGGGCGUACGGCCAGGAGCUCUACACUUCCUCCCUCCAGCCAGCCGACGCCGAUCGGGCUAGUACUCUGCGCCAUACCGCGUCUGGCCGCUUUCGCCGAGCACUCCACUGGUCCACGCAGCUCUUAUCUCACUGCCAGGCUCUCUACGCCUCGGGCCGCCUCUCCGCGGAUGGCAUGGUGCAGGCGUCCAUCUACACCCUCGUCCUCAAUGGCCAGACUCUUCGCUACCGCGAGCAGUUCGAAGAUGCUCUCGUACAGCUAGCGGUCGCCCGCAGCCUCCUCGACGAGCUCUUGCGGACGGCAAGCACGAGCCGUGAUCAAGCCCUCGCGACCCUUUUCUCCGACUCGAUUGGCCCCGAAAUCCGGUACUGCGCACACGAACUCGGCCGAGAGAAGUCCUACGACGUGGACGCGAUCGUCGCGGAAGUCGGCCUGAAAAACCGGAACGAAUACGUGGAUGGAUGCAGCGACUUGUUGCAGAAGCUCAAGGUGGACGCGACGGUUUCUGGCGGGCAGAACAACCGAUACAAGUUGAAGGAGCCCGUGUGGGAGGGCGAGCCCGUAUCGAUCCGCAAUCCCGAGCUUGUGGACGCGCUGCUGAAGGUGCAGGACGCAGAGGCGCGGCUGGCGGCGUUCGACUCGAAGAAGGGCUCGUCGAAGAAGAAUGUCGCCGCGUACGACCAUGUGCUGGCGGCGCUCAGCGACGCCGAGGAAUUGGCGAGGAAGCUUUCAGAGGCGCAGCAGCUGAGAGGCGCCAGCACGUCUACCUCGACGCCAGACAUGCACUUUGUGCACGACUAUAUUCUCUUCCAGCUUCUCAGCCGGCGAAUCCACCGCGAUGUGCUCUUGCUGUCGUCGCUCCUCGCUUCUGAGCGCACGAACCAGUCGAAACUGCCUACGCAGCCUGUCGAUGGAAGACUCUACCCCGCGGUCGUCAAGAUGCUGGACACGAUCGUGCAGAGUCUCACGCAGAUGCGCACGCUCAGCAUCGUGGACGACAGCCCGGGAGUUGCCGCCAUCGUCGACGCGAAGCUCUUCUACUCGAAAGCUAGAAGAUGUCUAUACUUGUCACGCUGCUACGCGCCUCUCAAGAAAUACGCCGAGGCUCUCAGCCUCCUCCAGCAUGCCAACAUCCAUCUUCGUGAAGCACGCCAGCAGCUUGCCGACCCGGAAGCCGCAACAUCCACCUCCGUCGACCUCCCACCUGAUGACCUCGACGCCCUCGAGGAUGCGCUUUCCAAAGACGCCCUCAAGUACAAGCGCGACUGGUUCACCUACAACGGCGGCUCCCUCGACCCGAACGCGCACAAGACCUACAAGAAGCCCGUCUUCUUCGACAUCGCGAUGAACUACGUGCCGUACGACGUUGAGAAAAUGUACGCGCGGGCGGGCAAGGAGCCGCCGGUCAGGGAGGAGGUCCCCGCGGCGGAGGUGCCAUCGAAGUCGAAGGAGCAAAUUGAGGACCGUCCGCAGACGCCGGUAGAAGGGCAAGAGCAGAAUGCCGCUCCGCAGCGCGGGGGCCUCAGCAGUCUGCUUGGCGGCUGGUGGGGACGUAGCUAAGAGGGCCACCUGGGGUAGCACGUAAAAUACAAUGUAUC